AAAAUCCCUCUCCCUCGCUCUCUCCCUCUCGCUUGACAAUGUUCACUUCUAAAUCCAACUCUGUCUCUCCUUCUCCGUCCAUGGAACCGGCCGAUUCGGACGCCUUGGAUAUCAGCACCAAAGUGCAGCUGUAUGGAGUGCUUUGGAAAAGACCCUUUGGGAGGCCGUCAGCCAAAUGGUCCAAGAGGUUCUUUAUCAUCAAGGAGAGCUUUUUGCUGUACUAUGCUGAGAAUGAAAAGAAGAACUUCGAAAACAAUCGGUACUUUAAUAUCCACCCUAAGGGUGUCAUACCUCUUGGUGGCUGCAUCGUAGAAGCCAAAGAAGAGCCCAACAUGCCUUAUGCAAUGAAAAUCUCUCAUGAGGACUUCCACGGUAACAUUGUCCUGGCAGCAGAAUCUGAGUAUGAACAAGCGCAGUGGUUGGAGAUGCUACAGGAGUCUGGAAAAGUGACUUGGAGAAAUGCUCAGCUGGGAGAAGCCAUGAUCGAGAGCCUUGAAGCGCAGGGACUCCAGCUGGCCAAGGAGAAACAGGUCUAUUUAGAUAAACUGAUGGAAGAGACCGAGGAGCUGUGUCUGCAGAGGGAGCAGAGAGAGGCCCUGGAGCGCCUCAACCAAGUAUUAGAGGCAGAGAAGCAGCAGUUUGAGGAGGUGGUACAAGAUCUGCGGGUGGAGCAAGACCAGAUUAAACGGGAGCUGGAAACGACUGCCGAGUCCCUCAAAGGAGUGGAGGAAGAAAAGAAAGGACUCCGAAAUCUGACAGAGACAUUGCAGAAAACACUGGAAGAGCUGUCCCUGGAAAAACAGCGGACUCUGGAAAUGCUGGAAGAGAAUGAAAGCCCGUUGCGGCCCCAGGCAAGCCCAAGUGAGCAACCCGGUGAUGCUGCUGGGGGCUUGCACAGCAACUUGCACCAGAUUGAGGAGAAAAUGCACCAGCUGCUGGAGGAGAAGCUCCUGGCAGAGAAAAGAAUGAUGGAGAACGAAGAGCGCUCCCGAGCUCUGGAGAAGGAGCGGGAGUUCUAUUCUUCCCAGUCGCAGGCCUUACAGAACUCACUCUCCGAGCUGACGGCGGAGAAGCAGCAGACCGAGAGAGACCUCAAGGCAGAAGUGAAGGUGCGCAUGGACCUGGAGAGGCGCUUGCAAGAGGCUGAGGAGGCCCUGCAGAGCCUGGAGCAAGGCCUGAAUUGUAAGCAUCGGAACAAGGAGAAGGAGGAAAAAAUGAAAGCGGAUGUCAGCAAUCUGAAAAAGUUCUUUGAGGAGUGCAUCCGGAAUGCUGAACUAGAAGCCAAGAUGCCAGUGAUCAUGAAGAACUCUGUGUACCUCCACAAGGCUGCCACCCGCCGGAUAAAAAGCUGCCGAUUUCACCGACGACGAUCCAGCAAUUCAUGGAUUGACUUGCAGCAGUCGCAAUCGUUCAUGUACUCAGAGGCUGAGAACUUAGAAGAGCUGAAGCAAGCGGCCAAGAGGCUGAGCCAGGAUCAGCACUUCCGGGAGACCAUCUUUCACAUCAUGACGUCGCGUCAAGGCGCCUCCUCCUCAGGCGACAAAAAGUGAACUCUUGCGCCUCCCAGUGGGAGGGAGGUUCCGAGCGCAGCUUGCCAUCAUUCCACUCUGCAGGAGCCAAGUGGUUGUGCCUAGAGGCAGAAGGGGGCUGACAGUCUGCAAUGUGUGCUUUCCAAGGGAAAGGUGGAUGCUGAAUGGGACACCCUCCUUUGUGGAGGGUUGCGGUUUAGCUACUGUUCCCGAGGGGAAAUGAGCAGCUUUGCCUUGUAUGUUGUGAUUCCUUUCCAUCCCCUCCUGUCACAACAGCUGACUCUACUUCCAUUUCGAUGUGCUUCGCCAAGAUUCUACAUUGUCAAAGUGAGCCACAAGCCUAAGCUUAGAGCGUCUGUCUCCGACCUGGUGCCCUCCAGAUGGGUGUUGGACUACAUUCCCCAUCAUCCCCAGACAGCACAGUUGUGCUUGCUGGGGACAAUGGGGGUUGUAGCCCAACACCCAUCUGGAGGGUGCCAUGCUGAAGAAGACUCCUUCAAGGUUCUUUAAGGGUUUUUGUAUGUGAGACAUUUAUUGUGCAGUCAUGAUUGCAGUAGAACAGUGCCGUCAGUUGGCCGGGUGCAGUAACAGUGGCGAGCUGCACAUAGUGACAAUCAAAUUGUUUUCUUGUUUCCUCAUCUCCACCAUCUCACAAAAAUUGAAAUUAAAAAUGUGGGAUCUGUGGGAUUGCUAUUGCCAUGGGUUAAGUGAGGCUAGAGUUCCCCAACUGGCUGUGUUGGGCCUCAACUCCACUUGGCUGAGAAUGCGAAGAAUUGCAGGCCAAGACAUCUGGAGGGCGAUAGGUUGGGGAAAGGGUGAGUUAUGCAAUCCCGACUUCCAUUAACUGACAUGUGACUUGAAGUGCGUUGGCUCCCUCUGGUGGCACUCAGUAACCAUGCAAUUGCCAUGGGUGCCGCUUUACAAGCUGUACAAAAAUAACACUGCAGGUGGCCAUCAGAUUACAAGCACAGACUCACCCCUGUCAAAGUUAUUUCAUGAGAAACAAGCAAUGCUGUUCUCUAACUAGACAAGAGGGGGUUUCCCUUUCCUUUCUCUCCCAUCUUAGCAACCUCCAUGGGGCUGCUGGAGAUGUUAUUUUCACCAUUAACUGAAACUGUCAUCCCAGAUUGAAGCAGAACAUGUAGCCAAAUAUGGUAUAAUACUGCACAUUAGAGAGAAAACUGUGUGUCUGUUCAAUGCAGGCAGAUAAGGGCACCUUCUUUAAGUAGCUAUACAAGGCCAGUACUGCUCUUGACUGGAGCAGGCAGCUGAAAGGAUGUUGGAAGGCAUUCAGCUCAGCAGGACUUCUGCUGUCUUCCCCCAACCCUUGGGUAGGCCUAGUGGUGAGUCACCAGAAGUGGGACCAUGGAGUUGUGAGGCCUUGUGCAUGGUGUGGGUGCACAUGUGCGUGGAGCACUUGGCAAGCUGGCUAUAGCAUAUUAGGCUUGCAUUUGCCUACCUUUGUUCUAGAUCCUUACAGUAGAGCAUCCCACCCAUAGGGGCCCAUUCUGACAAUGCUAAACCAUGGCUCGGACUGGCCCUGAGCAUCUUUGACCUUCUUUGCUGCUGCUGCCUCCUCCUCAUGUAUUACUUAUUUAUUUUUAAAAAACAUUAUAAAUGGUGUCUUCAUCCAAACUGUGGCCAUUUCAGUCUACACCUGAGGGGGGUGGGAUGGGACCUGGGCAACUCACAACAUCUAAGAGAGAGUAAAUUUGGAAUUAUUUAAUAUCUGUCUAACAGAGAUGUACUGAGGACAUUGCUAUUAUAGGUCGUUACUAUGCAGUAUUAGUUAUGUGACAAAUAAACUAACAUUAUUGUCCAGAAAAGGAGUGACUCAGUUGACCCUGGUGUAACAUUGCUCUAUGCACAGUUAAUUAUCCUACCACCCUUUUCGCAUUGAAUGACAUCAGCAAACUUUUAUCACUUAACUAUGGCCAUUCAAUUUCUAUUAUCCCUGUAAGUGGUUUUUCUCAUGCAGUGUGUUCUGUUAAGAUUCAUUUCCCAUACAGUAUUUACUGUCAAAUUGGAAUUCUGAUAAUCCUGUUAUUCCUCCAUUACUGCUCUC